UGAAGCAGAGGGGAAGAGUGGCUCCCCUCCUCCUCCUCCUCCUCCUCCUUCCCUACUGCACCAAAAGAAAGUCCCGGCUGGCUGCUGCACCAUGUCCUCUCCCAGCAGUGAGGAUAUCUCCGGCUACCACCUGAGCGUGGUGCGUGACCCGCCUGGCUGGGAGGCGGGCCUGUACGUGGUUGGGUUCCUGGUGCUGCUGGGAGCAGCGGGGCUCAACAUCUGGAAACUCUGGAAGUCUGGGACAUUCCCCACUCCGUCGCCGUUUCCCAACUUUGACUAUCGAUAUCUGCAGGAGAAAUAUGGCACCUCUUUCUCAGAAGUCAGACAGAAGAGAGUGGCAGCUAACAACCACCGGCGCACCUCCACAACCUCGAGCCGUAAGCCCAGCCUGGCUCUGGGCGACACCCCGGACGGCCUCAGGGACCUGGGGCACCUGGAGCUGAUGGACCCCUCCGGACUCAACCCGCUCAACCGCUCCAUAUCUACAGACUCUCUCAGCUCCAUCUCCUCCAUCGCAAACAACUUCGGACACGACUUCACUGUGGGGCAGCUUGAGGUGACGUUGGAGUACGAGGCCAGCAGACAGGUGGGGCAGAGUGUUGGCUUCCUGCACAUCCAGCUGCACCAGGGCAAAGAUCUCCUGGAGCGGGAGGAGGGGGACUUCCCCGGCUGCUUCAUCCGAGUGUCUCUGGGGCCUGACGAGCUCAACGUGGGGGUGACGCGGGUUCAGACGAAUGCGUUCACGGUUAUUUUCGAUGAACGUUUUUCGGUGCCCCUGGAUCUGUCCACACUGGAGGAGUACAGCCUUCGCUUUUCUGCGUUUGGCAUCGACGCCGACGAGCGGAACAUCAGUGCAGGAGUGGCAGAGCUCAAACUGUCUGACCUGGACCUCACUAUACGGCCCUUCAAUGCAUGGCUCUACCUGCAGGACGUCAACAAGGCUGUGGAUGCAGUGGGGGAGAUUCUGCUCUCUCUGAGUUACCUCCCGACAGCAGAGCGCCUCACGGUGGUCGUCGCCAAGUGCAAAAACCUUGUCUGGACCAAUGGCAAAAACACAGCAGAUCCGUUUGUCAAAGUGUAUCUGCUUCAGGACGGCAGGAAAAUCAGCAAAAAGAAAACGUCAACAAAGAGAGACGACACUAACCCCAUUUUUAACGAAGCCAUGAUCUUCUCUGUGCCCUCACUUGUCCUGCAGGAGCUGUCGCUAAGGGUGACUGUUGCUGAGGCGACGGAUGACGGGCGGGGCGAGAACCUGGGUCACGUGAUCAUUGGUCCCGAGGCGAGCGGCAUCGGCAUCACCCACUGGAACCAGAUGUUAGCCACGCUGAGAAAACCUGUGUCCAUGUGGCACCCGCUACGCAGGAUCUAGACACAUUUGACCUGGUUUGGUUUGAGAUAAAUGCUAUUCUGUGUUAUUGGUAUACCACUUUAGAACAAUUACACUUUCAUUAGCCUUUAUGGAGCUCAACAGUGACCGCCUACCCUCCUGGAAGUACAUUUCCUAUUCAAUUUCCCAUAGGCUUCUCGAAAAAAAAUAAAAUAAAAAAUGUGGUAACUCAUGACCAUAAGACCCAUAAUUUUAUUUAAAAUCUGUUUCUGAAACUUUAUAAAUCUCUAAGUUAUGAAAACAUUUCACCAAAUCUUGUGUUUUAAAUGUGCUUUUUGGAUUAAAAACAACUACGUUAUAGUUAACACGUAGCUGAUUAGCCUCUCCAGUACCUUUGAACUCUUAAUAUUUGAAUAUUUCCAAAAGUAUAUGGGAAAAAUGAAUGGAAAAUUGACUUAUGGAACCAGAGAAGACUUCAAAGUGGGCGGGACCAGUGAGCUUCAUAAAGCAUGAACAAAGACUUAAAGGACACAAACGCCAAAACUGACUUAUUUGAUUUUUUAAUCAUGUUCUACUGCUGCCUCCUUAUAAAUAACAUGCCUGGAGUUGUAAUUUUGCUUAAUUAAUAACGCUUGUUUCAUUAACCCCUUUCGGAGCACUCAAAAAUGCUUUGUUCGCAUAUUGCCCAGAUUGUUGCAUCAUAGAUAAAAACUCCAGACUUCUCCUGCGCGGUGUGUACCUCCAUAAACCAUCUCUUGUUGUGUUCAAAACAGAUGCAUGGCUCUAUUAGCACAGCAUUCACAGGGAUAAGGACUUCCUUAGUUUAUUUUCCCAUUGUUCAUUCCUGUUGAGGUAGUUUUUGUAAAUUUAGAGAUUAGUUUAAGGUAGAAAAUGUGAAAUACUUAUCCCAAAGUGACCAAAGGCAUGUUUAAAAUGGAAUUAAAGCCACAACGAAACAUACUGUGUGUCCUUCAUUUGAUCAUGAACAAGUUUAUUACGAAUGCUCCAGGUUUAGUACUACUUCAUUAAGGGGUUAGGGGUUAGAGUUAGGGGAUUAAUUACAGUUACCAGCCCUGAGUCAUUCUUCAUAAGCUAUUUGUUCAUUAACUAAGUCUUUGCUCAUGUUUUAUUAAGGAAUGAGGAAGUGUAUUUACCUUUCUUUCUGAUUUGAAUUUUAUUUGAAACCACUUUUUAAUUUUACGUUGGUUAUAUACGUUGGCAGUACAUUGUGGUUUAUGUAAUUGAUCUUAACCUGAACAUGGACUAAUGUUUAACCAACCUAAAACAUACUAAAUUGUCCAACUAUACACCUAUCCAUGGAUUUAAAAGUAAAAACAAGAACUGUUGCCAUAGCAAUUAACAAGUUAAAACUAAAUAUUCUAUCUUUUGAAUCGUGAAAAGUCCGAGAAACAAGAAAUUGAAAUCCACCCAAUAUCCUAAAGGUCUGGAGAUUGGUCCCUAGUUACUGCAUUGAAGGAUGGGUCAAAUGCAGAAGACAAAUGUAUACUUAAACUUACUGUAGCUGUUAAUGAAAGCCACAAAAUAUUGAUAAUUUUGUGUAUGUUUCUUGGUGAAUGACACUGCCUAUACCUGCACUGCCCUCCACGAAUACUGGCCUCCCUGAUCAAAUGUGUAACUUUGUAAAACCCCAUUAAUGAUUUAUGGAGACUCUGGAGCCACUGGAACAGGCAGGAUAAGAAAACAUGUUUUUUUAUAGGUUACAUUAUAUUUAAAAUGAUCUUUAUACAAUUGUAUUUUCAAGCGGAUGCAAAUAUUUUCGAUUUCUUCCAGUCUUCUAUGCUUGUAUCUUUCAAUUAUUUAGUGUUUUAAGAAUAUACUGACAUUCUGUCCUUAGGCAAGACACUUCACCUACCGUUCCUGUGUAUGAAAGUGGUGAGUGAGUGAUUGAUGGUGGUCGGAGCGGCCAGUGGCACAGAUUGGCAACGUCGCUUAUGUCAGUCUGUCCCAGGGCAGCUGUGGCUACAAUAGAAGCUUACCACCACCAAGUCUGGAGUGAAUGAGUAACACGAAAGACUUUAAAGCGACAUGGUAGAGGGAGUAGCUAGGACUCUCACCCCACAGCAAGAAGGUUACAGGUUCGACUCCCUGGCCUUUUCUGUCACGAGUUUGUAUGUUUCUCCUCGUUUCUGUUUACCCCCUCAGCCAAAAACAUGCACCCAAACCUCCAGCUAAUACCAAGACUAGACGGUGUUAAAGAAUGGGUCAAAUGCUGAGGAGGAAUUUCCCUACAGGGGCAUUAAAUCUAACCUUAAUUUUAAGCAUUUGGAAAAGUACUAUAUAAGACUAUUGAAAUAUUAUUAGAAUUAAUGGGUCCAAUAUUUGUGGAGGACACUGUAUGUUCUUAUGCCAGGAAAGGAUCAUUUAUUCUUUCCUUUUUCGGUAAAUGAACGAAAUAAAAAUCCUUGAUCAAAAGCAAAAAAGUAAUCCAUGUAUAGUUUUUUCAGGAAAAAAAAAAGAAA